AUGCAGGGAGAUCCCGAUCGAGACAUGAGGAGUGGCUUCUCUAAGAAAAAUAAGAUCUAUUACAGCAAGCAUAAGCCCCAAUCAAUCCCAGAUGAACCCUACCUGGAUCUUGUCACUUAUGCGCUUUCUCCAAAACACCCAACUGCAGAAAUUGCUCUGAUCGAUUCUUCAACCAAGGAACAAAUUUCGUUCCAGCAAUUGCCCACAAAGAUCAGACGCGUUGCAGUAGGUCUACACAGAUUGGGUAUAAGGCAAGGAGAUGUUGUAUGCAUAAUUUCUCCCAAUUCAAUUCACUUUCCUGUCAUAUUCCUUGCAAUCCUGUCGUUGGGAGCAGUGGCCACCACCACCAAUCCUCUCAACACUGCAGCUGAAAUAAUCAAGCAGGUGAAAGAUUCAAAAGCGAGAUUGGCAUUCACAAUAAGUGAAUUGAAGGAGAAAGUGAAAGGCACAGGUCUUCCCAUGGUGUUUAUUGCACAAACACCAGAGGAGGACCAUAUUUUUGCUUCUGAAGAGGGGCAUACCAUUGCAUUUGCAGAACUGAUUGAAGAUCAUUCUUGGGAGUUGCCGGCGGUUAAAAUACGGCAAGAAGACACAGCCGCCUUGCUGUAUUCGUCCGGCACGACGGGAGUGAGUAAGGGAGUGAUAAUCACUCACAGAAAUCUGAUCUCGAUGAUAAUUUUGCUGAUUCGUUUUGUUUUGGCGGAGGCGGGGACGAACGGUUGGGAACUGGUAUAUCUGGCGGUGCUGCCGAUGUUCCAUGUUUAUGGGCUCUCUGUGUUUUCGUCGGGACUUAUUGCGGCGGGAGCCACGUGCGUGAUAAUGUCCAAGUUUGGGUUUGAAGAGAUGCUGAAAGCCGUCGAGCGGUUUAAAAUAACGAAUUUGCCGGUGGUGCCGCCCAUUAUUCUGGGCUUUACGAAUUCUGAUCUGGUGGAGAAAUAUGAUUUGUCUUCAUUGAAAUACAUGUCGUCGGGUGCUGCGCCCCUCGGUAAAGAAGUGAUCCAGGCAUUUGCUACCAGAUUCCCCCAAAUCGAACUAAUUCAGGGAUACGGUAUGACAGAAAGCACUGGUGCGGCAGCCGUUACUACAAAGGAAAGCUCAAAAAAAUAUGGUUCUGCAGGUCUUUUGUCUCCAAAUAUGGAAGCCAAAGUAGUAGAUGUAGAUACUGCUCAUCCUUUGCCUCCCAAUCACCAAGGGGAACUCUGGCUCAGAGGUCCUCUUGUCAUGAAAGGCUACUUCAGUAACGAAGAAGCCACAUUGUUAACAAUAGACAAAGAAGGAUGGCUGCAUACAGGGGAUCUCUGCUACUUUGAUGAUGACGGCAGUUUAUAUAUUGUUGAUCGUUUGAAAGAGUUAAUCAAGUACAAUGCAUUCCAGGUUGCCCCUGCAGAACUGGAAGCUCUUCUCUUAUCGCAUCCUGAUAUUUUGGAUGCAGCCGUUGUACCGUUUCCGGAUGAAGAAGCGGGACAAAUACCAUUGGCGUACGUGGUGAGAAAAAGUAGAAGCAAUUUAGGUGAACAAGAUGUUAUGAGCUUUGUUGCUGCACAGGUGGCACCAUACAAGAAGGUGAGGAAAGUAGCGAUGGUGAAUGGCAUUCCGAGAUCUGCAGCAGGGAAGAUCCUUCGCAAAGAGCUUGCAGUCCUUGCAACAUCAAAGCUCUGAUGGUGUUUACCCACUACCCCACAUACAUAUAUAUACUUCAGAACUUUGCCUGAUUAUCCUUUUUUCUGGCAUCUCAAUCUAGAUGAAAAAUUCAAUAAACUCAAAUCCAAAAACACCAUUACAUUACACUUCAUUAACUGUGAAAAUAUUUGAUUUACAAGUUCAUAAACAUUUCACAAAUAAAAAUGUAAAGCUGCAAUGAUUAUCUUGAGGAUCAUUGAAAGACAUUUAAUUUUUUUUCAAUUAUUUUAUUAAUAUAGAGUAGGGAAUUUCAU